AUGGGUGAAGGUCGCUCGGUGAGCGGAAAAAGACGGAAUAAUUCGAGGGGGUAUCAGAGGGUACAGCAAUGGACUGAAUGGCAAAAGAGAGGAAGAGGAGUGUGAGGGAACCAGAGUUAAGUGAGUUUUUCAGUGAUGGACGUGCUGGUAACGCUGGGCAGUAUGACUUCACACGCUUUCAACACGUCCAUGGCGAACCCCACCAUCCCCACCAACCAUUCCGCCUUCGGGACAACAGCCUCUCGGGGCUACACUCGGUGCCUCUACGAUCCCACGGGGAUGCCGGGCAGUGAGUCCUGCACUCCACCGCGGUUAUUUACCCGGCGACUUUCGAUAUACUUGAGGCUCUACCUUUUCAUGCCAUAUCUUUUGUGUCGUGCAGUAGGUUUGCAGUUAUAAUCUCCUCCAUUGGUCAAGAUAAACAAUCUGGUUC